AUGUUUCAUGAGGAUUCUACUGUGCUAAUAAGCCUGAACCUGAUUCAGAAAUCAACAAAACUCUAUCAUCUCCUUCAACUCCACUCUCUCUUCCUCAAAUCUUCCCUCCAUCAUCACCCCAACAUCAUCUCCCAUUUUCUCUUAUCAGCCUCUUCCAUUUCCCUUUCUUAUGCCAAUUCCUUCUUCCACUCCUCACCCAUCCUCCCUCCACUCUUCGCUUGGAACACCCUCAUCAGAGCUUUCUCCAACACCCAAACCCCACUCCAAUCUCUCUACCUCUUUUGCCAACUUCAAGCUUCCCCUCUUUCCCCUAACAAUUUCACGUACCCUUUUGUUCUCAAGGCAUGUGCUCGAUCUUCGUCUAUUUCACUUGGUGGGGUCAUUCAUUCUUUGACCUUUAAGACUGGGUUUUGUUCUGAUCGAUAUGUUGGUAAUGCCCUUUUGAGGUUUUACUCUGAUUGUGGUGAAAUUCAGUUUGCGCGGAAGGUGUUUGAUGAAAUGUCUGAUAGAGAUGUUGUUUCCUGGAGCUCCAUGAUUGCUGGAUAUGUUUGUUUUAACAACCCUUUAGAGGCAUUGAAUGUGUUUCAAGAGAUGAGAGAGGCAAAUGAAAAGCCGAAUUAUGUGACUUUGGUUAGUUUGCUUUCUGCUUGUACUAAAAUGAUUAAUAUCUGUGCUGGUGAGUCUAUUCAUUCCUAUGUUAUAAGGAAUCACAUUGAGAUGGGAGUUGAGUUGGGAACUGCUUUGUUUGAGAUGUAUUCAAAAUGUGGGCAGAUUGAGAAAGCGCGUUUGAUUUUUGAUUUAAUGCCUCAAAGGAAUUUGCAGUCGUGCACUAUCAUGAUUUCUGCUCUUGCAAAUCAUGGCCGUGAAAAGGAUGCUAUUUUGCUAUUUAACCAGAUGGAGAAUAUGGGAUUGCAACCUGACGGUUUAUCUUUUUCUGUGGUACUGUCUGCCUGCAGCCACAUGGGACUUGUUUACGAGGGGAAAAUGUAUUUUGAUAGGAUGGUUAGAUUGUAUGACAUAAAGCCAACUGUUGUGCAUUAUGGAUGUAUGGUUGAUUUGUUAGGAAGAGCUGGCUUGAUUCAAGAAGCUUAUGAUAUCAUCAAGAACAUGCCUGUGGAGCCUAAUGGGGUGAUAUUGAGGAGCUUUCUCGGUGCCUGUCGAAAUCAUGGGUGGGUUCCUAAUAUGGACGAUGAUCUAAUGUCUAAACUGGAGUCUGAAUUGGGGGCAAACUAUGUACUAACUGCUAAUCUUUUUUCGGACCGUUCUUCUUGGAAGGAUGCCAAUGAGUUGAGGUUAGCCAUGAAGCGGAAAGGGUUGAAGAAAGUUCCUGGUUGUAGUUGGUUGGUGGUGCAAAAUUGA